AUGGCGAGCAGCACGAUGCCGUACAUUGGCAGCAAGAUCAGCUUGAUUUCAAAUUCGAACAUCCGAUACGAGGGCAUCCUGUACACUAUCAACACCCAAGAGUCCACGAUUGCCUUGCAGUCAGUUCGUUCGUUUGGCACGGAAGGCAGAAAGGUGCCAGAGAUCCCUCCAUCGAGCGAAAUUUAUGAUUUCAUCAUCUUCCGAGGGCAGGACAUCAAGGAUUUGACUGUUCUAGAAGGCAGUGGUGCAGGCCAAGGAGCCUCACCUCAUUUGAAUGAUCCCGCCAUCAUGUCAAUGAAGAAACCUGCUAGUGGCCCCGGCAUGGACAAAGGAGCGAUGGGCAAGGCUUCGCCAAAGGGCACCUUUAGCUACGGAGGUGGCGCCGAGAGCUGGGGUUCUCCAGGCAAAGGUCAAGGGAAGCCAGCUCGACCUGCUCCAGCAGAGAAUUUCUGGUACGGUUCCCAAGCUCCAGCCUGGGGGAAGGGCGACAAAGGUUCUGGAGGAGGAAAGGGCUGGGACAAGGGCUACGAGAAAGGCUACGAGAAGCCUUACGACAAGGGCUACGACAAGGGCUACGAUAGGUAUGACAAAGGUGGCUACGGCAAAGGUCCUGAAAAAGGCAAAGGAAAGGGAAAAGGAGACGAGAAGGGAAUGAAGGGCAAAGGUAAAGAAAUGGAGAAAGGUAAAGGUGGAAAGGGCCUUGAGGCAGUCAAAGGGAAGAAGGGCCUACCGGACAAGGGCAAGGGCGGCAAGGUCACCUGCAAUUGCAGAUUUGUUCGGAGCUGCAAGUCUGCAAGGAGGAAAGAGAUGUUUGCAGCCCUGCUGGUAGGCGAACAGGUCUUCACCAACAACCCCGUUUGCAUCAAGAACAGGUGCACCAAUCCUUUGACUCCUGGAUUGAACGACUUGCCACGCCUUGCUGGAUUGGUCUGGCAAUGCUCAGAGCCAGGGCAGGUCCAACCGUACUUGCAAUUCUGCAAGGCAGCAAUUGACUAUGAUCCUGCGAUCCCUUCACCUGCCAAUGCCAGUGUGGCUCUGCCCAGCAUCGUUCAUGCCCAAGAUGAGGCCGCAUCAACGACAUUUGUCUACCACCUUAGUGGGCUUGGCUAUGAGGCGUGGGACUUCAAGUCUCAAGAAAAUAGAGACGACGAACCUUGUGUCUCUCGGAUCUACGAGUUGGUGUGCAUGACCUACUUCCCCCGAAAUCAGGGAAAUUGCAACGCUGGAUCGCAAACACCUUACCUAAAACCCUGCAAAACCUCCUGCGAGAAUUAUUUGCAAACUUGCCAAAUUGAGUGCUGCGACGACAGCGCACAGUGUGUUUUUGAGCUGUCCUCCAAUGGAGGAGAGGGUGACAAAAUCAGCGGAUAUGCAAACUUCGAUGCUCCAUCAGCUUUUUGCACUGGUCGCAGCGCAUCCAGCAGGAUUGGUCCGUCAAUUACCUUGCUGCUAGCUCUUUUUGGCCUACAAGUAGCUGCGGAAGGCAGCGAGAAGUGA